UGACGUACAUCGCUCCUCAUGACGAUUUAAAGCUGCGCCAACCGGAAAUACUUAUCCAAAAUUGGCCGAAAUUACUUUGAAUUUUUCAUGCAUUCAGGUUAGGAGAAAUGACUAACCGGACGGCGUAUUUCUAUGAUCCAGAUGUUGGAAACUUUCAUUAUGGUGCUGGACACCCAAUGAAGCCCCAUAGGUUGUCCCUAACUCACAGUCUUGUCUUGCAUUAUGGCCUUUACAAGAAGAUGAUGGUUUUCAAACCAUACAAGGCCUCACAGCAUGAUAUGUGUCGUUUUCAUUCAGAAGAUUACAUAGAUUUUUUGCAGAAGGUCAGCCCAAACAACAUGCAGGGCUUCACAAAGAGCCUUAACACCUUUAACGUAGGCGAUGAUUGUCCUGUCUUUCCAGGACUGUUUGAGUUUUGCUCCAGAUACACUGGUGCCUCAUUACAAGGAGCAACUCAGUUAAACCAUAAGAUUUGUGACAUUGCUAUUAACUGGGCUGGAGGCUUACACCAUGCAAAAAAGUUUGAGGCUUCUGGAUUUUGUUAUGUGAAUGACAUUGUCAUUAGUAUUCUUGAACUGCUUAAGUACCACCCACGUGUGCUAUACAUUGACAUUGACAUUCAUCAUGGUGAUGGGGUGCAGGAAGCUUUUUAUCUUACAGAUCGAGUCAUGACCGUGUCCUUCCAUAAAUACGGAAACUAUUUUUUUCCAGGAACAGGUGACAUGUAUGAAGUUGGGGCUGAGAGUGGCCGCUACUACUGCCUGAAUGUACCUCUGCGUGAUGGGAUUGAUGACCAGAGUUACAGACAAUUGUUUCAACCAGUGAUCAAGCAAGUGGUGGACUUCUACCAGCCAACCUGCAUUGUGCUACAGUGUGGAGCGGACUCGCUAGGCUGUGACAGACUUGGGUGCUUUAAUCUCAGUAUACGAGGUCAUGGGGAAUGUGUGGAGUUUGUGAAAAGUUUCAAGAUCCCUCUACUUGUGCUGGGAGGAGGAGGAUAUACUGUGCGCAAUGUGGCUAGAUGUUGGACAUAUGAAACUUCUUUGCUUGUUGAAGAAUCCAUUAGUGAUGAGCUGCCUUACAGUGAGUACUUUGAGUAUUUUGCUCCUGAUUUUACACUUCAUCCAGAUGUUAGCACUAGGAUUGAGAACCAGAACUCCAGACAGUACUUGGAGCAAAUUCGUCAGACUGUUUUUGAGAACUUAAAGAUGCUGAACCACGCACCUAGUGUUCAGAUCCAUGAUGUUCCCUCAGACCUGCUGAGUUAUGAACGAACAGAUGAUGCUGAUCCUGAUGAGAGGGGUUCAGAGGAGAACUAUUCCAGGCCUGAGGCAUCAAAUGAAUUUUAUGAUGGCGACCAUGACAAUGACAAGGAGAGUGACGUGGAAAUCUGAACUCCGAUCUUGACGAAAAGUGAUCUCUUUAUUGUUGUUGAAAAAAGGCUAUUCUCUAAAUGCUGUAACAGGUGGAGAAUAGCCAGUCCUAGUUGCCUUUUUUGUUAAAAAACUUGUUUAUAUGUUUGUAAUGUUUUAGCAUUUUUUGACUUGCCACUUCCCCUGUGUACCAAGGAUUACCACUAAUUUUUCAUAUGUUAAUUUAGCUGGGUAUAAACACUUAAUAUAUUAAAUUCUAAAACUAGGCAUGAAAUAUUCAUACCUAAAGUCAUACCUUUCAAAACUAAACAGGCCUGGCUUCAAAAAUUACCAAAAGGCAUACUGCAGUUUUAAAAUCUUUGUGUACAUGAGUACACAAAAGUAUUACAGAUGUAAUAUUCUACAAAGAAUACUUAAAAAGUAAAAAAAGUGGUUAUUCCAUAAUGUUCCCAAAACAGGUAGAUUUUUGUGCACUAGUCUUCACAGGUGCAAUUAUGAAGUUAGCUACACUGAGUGGUAUGGAAAUCCAGUAAGGCUAUGAAUUUUUUUUAAUGUGUGGCACAAGUGCGCAUGUACUCCACAUUUAAUAAUUAAUCCUCAAAACUUGUGAACAUAUCCGUUGGCAAGAUUCUUAAUUUGAAUUUGUUAUUAAAAACUCUGGAUGCCCUUCUUGAA